GUCUGAUGCUCAGAGGUGGAAUGGUCAGGUGCUACUGCUCUAUCGAGAGAAUGAUCUGGUUAUUCGUAAUGCUUGGUAUUUUGAUAGAGGGGGCACAAUUACACGUGGAAAAUGUUCAUGUGAAUUUGCGCAAAGGGAUCGUCAUCGGCUAUAGCGACAACGUGCAAUUCAUGGACUCGCCCGUCUCAAAUGAAACAUCAAGCUCAUGUAGCAAGAGUUCCGUGAUGCGGAUCAGCUUUGAUCGAGACUUCAAAGCUGUAAAGCUAUCCUUCAAGUAUAAGCGCCCACAAUCAUGGAUUCUUCACAUUUCUGAUCAAUACAAUGUCGAGGGCUAUGGGCAAGGUGAGCCUAGAGCAGAUUUAGAGUUGCAAGUGGUCAACAGCCAGAUGCGCGUGUACGGCCACUCAAAAGAUCCCAUGCUGGGUUCACAUAAAAAAUACUUUAUCGCCGAGGACACCCCUCGCGUGCUGCAGAAGGUUCUCGACGGCACCAUCAAACCAGAACUCAACUCAGAGAUGAUCAUUAGUUCUGGCCACUCACCCAGCAUUAGCUGGCACAAUGGACAACUUUUAGAAAUGCUCCCGGCGCCAUCAAAGCCAUUCAGCGCCAUUUAUGUAGCGCUCAAUAGUGCCCUCAACGGACCCUGGUUGCCAGGGUCGGGGCUGUGCUCUGUUGACGUGACCAUGAUGGAGAAUGAAGGUCAAUGUUUGAAGACUGGUGGGCAAAAGUGCGACAAGAACGCGUUUUGUCGACCAGGGCUGAAAGAUAACCGCUGCACUUGCAAACAGGGCUGGGAGGGCAAUGGAAAAACGUGCACAGACGUGGACGAGUGUCGCAUCAGGAACGGAGGAUGCGUACACUAUUGCGUAAACACGCCCGGCUCGUAUCAAUGCAUAUGCCGCAAAGGGUUCGUCACAGACCCUGAAAAUGAUCAUAACUGCAUUGACAAUGAUGAGUGCGCUGCUGAAGGUGCGCUUCAUUGCAAAGGCCGGCUCUGCAUCAACACCAUCGGAUCUUUCUACUGCCAAUGCAAAUCGUUUCCGCUGAAAAUCUACGACAGAGGCGAACAUAACUGCAAACCUACGACGAACGGUUGUCUGAGUUUGGCCUGCACUCACGGUUGCGAAGUCAGCAACAAGCCUUCGUGCUGGUGCCGCGAAAAUUUCUUCCUCAACUAUGACCUCCACUCUUGCAGCCCAACGUGCUCCGCAGGAAACGGUGGCUGUCAACACAGGUGCACGGACAUGCCAAACGGAGCCAUCUGCACCUGUGCGUUAAACUACAAGUUGGCAUUCGACACGAAGUCAUGCCAUGCCACUUGCGCGGUGAAUAACGGAGGUUGUGAACACGUUUGUUUUUUCACUGGCAGUAAAAUCAAGUGCGACUGUCUUGAAGGCUACAAUUUAAACGACGAUGGAAAAACUUGCUCAGAUAUAAACGAAUGCCUCGAACCGCUUAGAUGUGCGUAUGGAUGCUUAAACUCUAUCGGCAGCUAUGAGUGCUUGUGUCCUGAUGGGUUCCGGUUGAGCCCAGAUGGGCGAAGUUGUGAGGAUGUGAAUGAGUGCGAAUUAAAUAAUAUAUGCGAUCACGAAUGCGUCAACACGCAAGGUUCAUUCCACUGCAGAUGCAAGCCUGGGUAUCAAUUGUACAGCAAAUGGCACUGCGGAGAUAUUGAUGAGUGUUCCAUCGAAAACGGAGGUUGCGAUCAAAAUUGCGUCAACACAGAAGGAAGUUUUCAUUGUACCUGUCAGCAUGGAUUCAAACUUCACUUUAACGAGAAAGACUGCAUUGAUUCCAUGGUGUGCUAUUCGCUGAAGCAAGAACCCAAAACCGAGGUGACCUGUGUAGAAAAGGGAGAUGCAACAAUCACCUGCGACGUUCGCUGCACAGGCAAUGCUAGUCUGACAACGGAAGAGCCACAAAACUACUUUUGCGGACGGCCAACAAAAUACGUAUGGGAACAAGGAUCAAAAAAUAAAAGCAACAAUAUGCUUUUAAGUUGCUCUGAUAUGGUGCAACCUACAAUACUCGUGAGCCAAGCCAAAGUUCUUAUGACUGGCUUGAGCUGCAAUGAAAGUAGACUGGAGGCAACCCUUGAAAAAGCAAAUAAUUUAUUUGAAAAAAUGAUAGGUAAAGUCAAGUGCUCAAAACCGGGUUGCAACGUGACUGUUACCAAUGCUGACUGUGAAUACUCGCAAAAAUCAAUUUCCAAGGCUAAUGCAAAGAAGGGCAACACGUACAAACUGACCCUAAGCAUCUUUCUUUAUACAGAUGAUAUUGAAAAUGAGCUCAAGAGACUGAAGAAACCAAAGAGUGGCAGAAAAAAUACCCAAAAAGUAGUAAAGAAGGUGUUAAGUUCGUUUAGAAAAUUGAUCAACAGUGGGAAUUUUAAUACAAGUGAACUGAAAUUGGUCCCAAAAACCUUCAGACAUCUAGGGAACGAUAAAAGGAUCUGCCUUGAGAACCUGGUUAAAGUGGGGGACGUGUGUGUUGGUUGCGGCAUUGGUUCUUUUUAUUCCAAAGACCAGAAGCAGUGUGUGCAUUGUCCCUUUGGCACGUAUCAAGAAGAAGAAGGGCAGGACAAGUGCAUUCCUUGUAACCCCAAUGGCGAUCUUCAUCAAGCCUGUCGUGAUGUUUGCCAGCCGGGUACCGUCUCCUCUGAUGGACUGAGCCCGUGCACGAAAUGCCCUCAGGGUUUCUAUCAGAACGAAUUUGGAAGAAUCUCCUGCAAGAGUUGCGGGGAAAAAGGAACAAGCAUUUUCCAAGGCUCGACGAGAUUCGAGGACUGCACCAUUAUAGAAACCUGUAAGAGAGGAUAUUACUACAACAUUUAUUCCGGAGAGUGUGAACAGUGUCCUGAGGGCUACUACCAGGACAAGGAAGGUGAAACUCAUUGCAUGAAGUGCCCUGGCGAAACGACUACCGAUUCAGUGGCCGCAACAGACAUCGACCAGUGCAAAAGCACAGAGUGCGUCAAAAAAUUAACAGACAUGCACGGCUACGUGCAGUCGCCCAACUAUCCUGGAGAAUAUCCAACCAACGUUAUAUGCGUCUGGCAUUUGAAACCUGGAGAUGACAUGAGGUUGUUGAUAUUCGUGCCUCAGCUCGAUCUCGCCGACGACAAGUGCGGCGACAGGCUCCUCAUUGCAAAGACAGAAUCUCCCGAUUCCAUAAUAACCUUUGACUCCUGCAAAAGUGUGAAUCGUCCAAUGGCGAUAAUGGCCAGAACAGGUAAUGUAAUCAUCAAAUUCGAGUCGGAUGAAAAGCACACGGCAAAGGGCUUUAGAAUUUCGUUUGUGGCUUAUGAUGCUCAUUACGAAUCACUGAUCGAAAAUAUCGUACAGGACAGCCGAUUAUACGCUUUUCAAAAUCACCUUAAAGUCUUGCAGGAUCAAAAUCUCUUGGAACUUCUAAUGCAAGUUAUUGAGAGGCCGCAAAUCUACUUCAUGAAAUACUCUGUCAAGCAAGAUAGUUUGCUUCCAGAAUCUUUAAUCGAUUUACUGACUGAAAAAGUCAAAGCAUUUUUCACUGAAUAGUUGAAGUAAUGUCGCGACUAUAGGGAUUAAGUACUUUUAAUUUAAUGCGGUGCUGGUAACGCAAGUACUGUAAAUGCUAUUUUUUAAAACAUACUGUGCCGCCCCAAAGCAAGAGCAAGAAUUUGUAAAAUAAUAAAUGUUAUACUGUAAUACCGUUUGUUCUCUGAUGGCCUA